AUGGAAAGAAAGAGACCACUACUUCGCCUCUUUGUUGGACCGCCGGCGCGAACACAGUGGUCGGGGUGGCUGGUGGUUUCGGGAUCCCGUAGAAAAUGCUUCUUUAUGCCUCUAUUAGCCACAGCUCGUAUUCAUUCUGUAAUUUUACCCCUUCUUCAUUCUUGGACCUCGUUUCUUAAUAUUGUGACUUUUCCAUGCUGUGUCUCAGGAACCUUUUCAAUACGGUCCGGAUUGCUAGCUCCCGUUCAUAGUUUUGCUACAGAUGAUACACGAGGAAUCUUUUUAUGGUGGUUCUUCCUUCUAAUGACCGGCAUAUCUAUGAUUCUUUUCUACCAGAUGAAGCAGCAGGCAUCGGUCCGUAGAACGUAUAAAAAAGAAAUGGUUGUGGCGCGAAGUACUCUUGUGCAUCUACGUCACUCGGCUCGCGCGCAACCCCGCCCCGUUAUGUUAUGGAAGAAUUGA